GGUCGACGGUGGCCUCACUCAUUUAUACUCAUCUUCCCAUGAAUACAUGUAAAAAAAUGGUAAAGUAAAAAGGAACACCUUUCAUUCUACACUCUGUGCCUCCCUGCAAGUCCCAUCAAUUUUCCUGCAUUUUCUUUCUCUUUCUGGUAACCAGAACAACAAUAGCUAGAGUUGGUCACCAUCUUCUUUGUCGCUCUCUGCCUUUUUUCUAUAUGAAUUUGUAGUGGAGAUGUGGGAUCAGUUGGAGAAAGCAUGAGUUUCAACGGGGAUUAUCUCUGCUCAUGGUGGAGGAUCACUGCGUUUGCGUUUGCUUUUGCUUUUCUUCUUCUGGUUCGGUGCUCUGCUCUCAACUCCGAUGGAGGUCUGUUGCUUUCUUUGAAGUACUCUAUUCUCAGUGAUCCGUUGUUUGUGUUGGAUAACUGGAAUUACAACGACCUAACGCCAUGUUCGUGGACCGGAGUCACGUGUACUGAAAUAGGAGCUCCGGGCACGCCGGAUAUGUUUCGGGUCACCGGUUUGGUCCUCUCCAACUGUCAGCUUCUGGGCUCCAUCCCAGAAGAUCUCUGCACGAUCGAACACCUUCAACGUCUUGAUCUCUCCAACAAUUUCUUCAAUGGGUCGUUGCCCACUUCGCUCUUCAAAGCUUCUGAGCUCAGGGUGCUUUCUCUUGCCAACAAUGUGAUCUCCGGUGAGCUGCCGGAGUUCAUUGGUGGUAUGAAGAGUCUGCAGCUUCUCAACCUCUCCGACAACGCCUUGGCGGGUACGGUUUCAGAGAAUUUGACUGCUCUGGAGAAUCUCACGGUAGUUUCAUUGAGAAGCAACUACUUUUCGGGCACUGUUCCCGGUGGAUUCAAUCUGGUUCAAGUUUUAGAUCUGUCAUCCAAUCUUUUCAAUGGGUCAUUGCCCAUAGAUUUUGGUGGGGAGAGUUUGAGCUACUUUAAUCUCUCUUAUAAUAAGAUCUCCGGAACAAUACCGUCACAAUUCGCCGAGAAAAUCCCGGGGAACGCGACAAUUGAUCUCUCGUCGAACGACCUGACAGGCCAAAUUCCAGAAACUGCAGCCUUGAUUUAUCAGAAACCGGCGUCGUUUGAAGGAAAUCUGGAUCUGUGUGGAAACCCACUGAAGAAACUCUGCACAGUACCUUCUACGCAAGCUACUCCACCCAAUGUAACCACAACCACGUCUCCUCCCGCGAUUGCAGCCAUCCCCAGAACAACCGACUCAAGCCCAGUAACAAGCUCGCCUCAGACCCAGCAAGAGAGCGGGAUGAAUCCCGGCACAGUCGCAGGAAUCGCUGUCGGAGACUUAGCAGGCAUCGCUAUUCUUGCCAUGAUCUUCAUCUACGUUUACCAACUGAAGAAGCGAAAGAAACUCAACGACAACGAAAAGACGGACUCAUUGAACAAACCCAUUCCAGAGAAGAAAGAAACAACCCAAGCGUGGUCGUGCUUAACAAAACCAAAGAACGGCGAAGAAGAAGAGACCGAGACUGAGACGGAGACUGGCUCUGAGGACCACCGCGAUGACGGUAACAAAAAGGAGAUGAUGAAAAAUGGGGAGGGCUGCGUGGUGACUGUGGACGGAGAGACGCAGCUGGAGCUCGAGACUCUGCUGAAGGCGUCUGCCUACAUAUUGGGAACCACUGGGGCGAGCAUUGUGUACAAAGCUGUGCUGGAGGAUGGAACCGCGUUGGCAGUGAGGAGGAUCGGAGAGAGCCGAGUGGAGAAGUUCAAAGAUUUCGAGAACCAGGUGAGGCUCAUAGCCAAGCUCCGCCACCCAAAUCUGGUUCGUGCUCGAGGGUUUUACUGGGGUUCAGAUGAGAAGCUCAUUAUCUACGACUAUGUCUCCAAUGGCAGCCUCGCCAGCACCGGUCACAGAAAGAUGGGGUCAUCGCCGAUUCAUAUGCCGCUGGAACUCCGGUUCAGGAUAGCCAAAGGAGUGGCUCGAGGGCUAGCCUACAUCCACGAGAAGAAGCACGUGCAUGGCAAUCUCAAACCCUCCAACAUCCUCUUAACCCCUGAAAUGGAACCAAUCAUCGCCGACUUCGGCCUCGACCGCUUUCUCUCCGGCGACUACACCCACAAAGAUGACGCUUCAGGCGGCCAUUUCAGCAGACAGCGGUCCACCACUUUUCACGACCACCCACAGGACUACCUCACGGCCGGCACGUCCGCCGGCAUCCUCUCCCCGUACCAUCCCCCGGAGUGGCUCGGGACCCUCAAGCCUAACCCCAAGUGGGACGUCUACUCGUUUGGAAUCGUUCUGCUCGAGCUUCUAACGGGACGAGUGUUUCUGGACCGGGAGUUGGGUCAGUUGAAAGCCGGCGGUUCGGGGAUGGAAGGGAGGGACCGGGUUUUGAGGAUGGCUGACGUGGGUAUAAGAGGUGACGUGGAAGGAAGGGAGGAUGCCACGCUGGCAUGCUUUAAAUUAGGGUUUAACUGUGCUUCGUCGGUCCCGCAAAAAAGACCCACCAUGAAAGAAGCGCUUCAGAUCCUGGAAAAGAUUUCACCCACCUCACACUAAUGAUGUAAAUGGGCCCACACAACGGCCCAAUGUUUGGAUUAAAGUUGAAUCUUCCAUCUUUGUUGACUUGAAAACGUUAGAUGUUUGCAUGAUUCUGUACUCUUAUUUUACAAGAGAGAUGAGAGCCGUUGAUUGGUGAAUGAUAUGUGGCUCUGAUUUUUGCCUAUGACCGUGGAGGUGACUUUAAUAUUUUUAUUAUUGUUAUUAUUAUUAUUAUUAUUCCAUGUAACAUAUGUUGUAGUUUGUGUAAUAACAUUCUGUUUCUUAAUCGAUUGGUUUAGGUUGUUUUUCGGAGCAAGAUUUUAA